GCAAAGAACUCGUCGUAUUUUACAAAAUCUGUUCUCGAGACCAAAUUUUAAAUUUCUUCAGUCUGUUUAAUUUUGUGUAAUUUGUUGUGUUAUUGAAUUACAAAAUGUUAGAAAGCUUUAUUCCAGACAAAGCAAUACUGUUAAUUGAAAGUGCUGGUAAAAGGUUGGCAUUAGCUAGUAAUACUAUUGCAAGGGCAAUGCACAUUUAUCAUCAAUUUAAACGCUGCAUUGACACUAUUGAUUUUGAGGACGGACUUGUUGCUGCAUCAGCUAUAGCAUUAAGUGCUAAAACGAAUGAAGAUACUUUAGAUCUUCAAAAUAUAGUGAUUGUGUUCUGGGACAUGCUUAAUAAGGACCAAGUAAGCCUACCUAAACUAAACUCAGAAGAAUUCCAAGAGCUGACCGACAGUUUAACCAAAGUGCAAUAUUUAAUUUGUCGAGCAUUAAAGUUUGAAUUGAAUCAUUUGUUGGCUCAUCAGUAUGUUAUACCAUUUCUAAGGAAUCUUCAUGAAAUAGCUGAAUUUCAACACAAAUGGGAUGUUUUUGUGAACAUUGUAUGGAAAGUAGUUAGCACCGCAUAUAUGUCUAAAAAGUGCUUGAACUAUGAUGCAUGUGAAAUAGCAGUAGCUAGUAUCUAUAUUACUUGUCAGUUUUGCCGCAUUAAAACUGAUGUUAUUACUAAUUGGCCUGAGGCUUUAUCAGCAACAAUGAAAAAAGAAAAACUGUAUGCAGCUAUUGUGGAAUUUCUUGCAGUAUGUGGUGUAAUAUCUGUGCCAAAUGAAAUAUGAUUUACUAAAAAAGAUUAUGUUUUCAUUCCAUAAUAUUCUCAUUACCAGAUAGUUUCAUAUUCAUACUUCACUGCUAUAUUUUGUUUAGCUUGUGCUAAUUUUUUUUUUUAUACUAAGGUACAGGAGGUAUCUUUUCAAUUCAAACAGAAACUAAAAGAGGACAUCACACAAUUGUUGAAUGCAAUAAUACAUACAAUCUCUAAUAAAUCACUUAAGUGAUCUUUCACAUUUAUAAAAAGGUCAAAAUCUAAGUUUUUCCAUUUUAUAAGUUAUCAAAGUCAAUGAUGCAACAGUUUUUAUUGUAUAACAAAAUUAUGCAACUCUAUGUUUAAAUAUUUUAUUUGUAAACUUGUAUUAUAAACUUUUAUAAACGUAUUAUAAACUUUUUUGAACUGAAAAUUAACCUGGUAACUUUUUUGUUCACUUGAAAAUUUUCUUGAAAGAUUAUCAUAUACUUAUUUAUAUAUAUUAUUUAAAAGCUGUGUAAGUCAUUCUAAAAAAAUGUUUUCUUGUUUGUUUUUAAAAAAAAAAUUACAUUUAUUAUGUUUUUCAAAUUAUAUCUGCCAAAAUUAUUUUUUUGCUAAAGCACCUAAAUUACGUUUUAAUAUUUUAAUUAAAACAUUUAUAAAUACAUUUACUAUUUAAAGAAUAAUUUCUUUUAUGAAAUGUAUUAUUUUAUGCAAUAUUUUUUUUCAUAACUCAAAAAAAAAAAAAAAAAAUAUUUAUUUAUUUUUUUGUAUAAAGUGUACAAAUGUAUGCUAGAAUUAAAAGGCUUUGUUACAGAAUACUUAUUAUUCUAUUACUGUAAUUGUGCAUCAUUAAAGCAAUAAUCACUUUCUUGAAAAAUUCCAAACGAACCAAAUUUUCUACAUGCUUGUAAUGAUUAAUUAUUUUGUUUUAUAUUUAAAUUGUUUUGAUCGUAGUUAUAUUAUUUAAAUAAUGUAUAUAUAUAAAUUUAAUAUUAUGUUUGUAUAUAAUUGUAAAUAAAUCAGGCAUUUGAUUCUUCUAAUUUACAGAAUUCUGUGAAUCUCAAGACCUUUGCUUUGCAGACUUCCGCAAAUCAAUAGCUUAUAUUCCGAUGAAACUUUCUUGUUUUUCCGCUAAUCUAAAAUAUAAUUUUUGUUACUUAUUCAAAAUCUUGUUAAUGAGGCAUGUAUUCCAACCUUACCAGUGCCCUCUUUUUUUUUCUAAGUUCUCAUUCACGCACAAUGACUUUUUUUGUACAGAUUUGUUAGAUAGAAAUGCAAUUUCAGAUAAACUUUAAG